AUUAUUUACUGGCUACUUGUAUAGAAAUGGAUUCUAUUUUAAAGAGAAGUUUUAUUUUAUUUUUGUCAACCCAUUUCAAAUCCGAUUGGCAGUUGUGGCUAAUGUCAAACUUCCAAAUAUGCUCUAAAUAAGAAUAUCGUAUUAAUCAAUUUGCAUCACAUAUAUAUAAGUAGUUAUAUCCAACCAGAUCCAGUGGGAUUUUAAUAGUUUUUAUAAAACCAAUUUCUUAUAUAUAUUCCGUUUAUAAAUCUGAUUGAUACCUGCAAUUCAAGCUUUGACUAAAACACCGUCCGUGUUCGACAAUACAGAGUCAGAGCAAGGCGGUAGCCACGACGGUUAUUGAAUUUCCCGCCACGGCCAAAGACGGCGGAAGAUGGGCGAUUUACUCGAUUGGAUUAUCUCCUUCUUAUUCCUCGUUACCCUUCUCAUCAUCGUUAUCUACCAGCUGACAUGUUUGGCGGAUCUAGAGGCUGAUCACAUAAACCCUUACGAUUCAUCUACCAAAAUAAACCGGGUUAUUCUACCGGAAUUUGGUUUGCAAGGACUUCUAUGUGUGUAUUAUGUCUUAACUGGACAUUGGUUCAUGGCGAUUUUGUCUCUUCCUCACCUUUUCUACAACAUUAGAUUAUACAUGAAAAAGGAACAUUUGGCAGACGUUACAGAGAUGCACAAUACAAAUAAAGGGGAGCAAAAGAAACGACUUUACAAGAUUGCUCACAUCGCUCUCUGCACUUUUAUCACAUCUUAUUGGCUAAUCCACUCGGCGUUGGGAGACAUCUAAGGCUUAAGAAAUCGAAUGACCAACUUAUAUUUCUUACAUUUUAGUCACCGGUUCUUGAUGCAUUUUGUUGACCACGACAAAUCUUUUAUGUAGUUCCUGAUUUUUAUGAAUUUUGUUGUCUUAUUAUCUCUUUGGCUUUCUUUUUCAGUUCAUUAUACGAAUCGUAAAGAAAUUGAUCAAUUGCUUAAACUUUUGAAACUAAUGUUGAAACAUUUUUCGGAAAUAAACUCUUGACCCUUGGAA